GGGUGUUUUCCUCCCUUGUAUUCAAAUCUGGUAACAAUGGGCCUUCGUCCUGGGAGGGGCCUGAGGGUGCACCCUCAGAUCCCAGCAUCUGAGCCCAUUGGAGAGGCAGACAGCUCCUUGGCUGCACGUCUGGACCAUGGACAGGGACUCGAGCGAGGAGGACAGUGUGAUGGACCUGAGCUUUGAGGCUGAGAGUCCUCUGGCACCCCCCACUGAACUCCUGGAGAGACUGCCCAGCUACGACUGGCUUCUUCAAAGGGACCGACAGCAGAUCUUCUUCCCACCUUUGGAGGCCCUGGGAAGACCCCAGGAACAAAGGUCCUGGUCCUCGUUCCUGGAACACAGAGUGCCUGUGGUGACGGAGGACGUGGCCCGUGAAGCCCUUCUCAGUUUCGUGAACUCAAAGUGCUGCUAUGGCAGCGCCGUGGCUGGCGACCUCGUCAUCAGGGAGCUGAAGCAGCAGACCCUCUGCAGGUAUCGACUGGAGACCUUUAGUGAAUCCAGGAUAAGUGAGUGGACUUUUCAACCGUUUACCAACCAUUCGGUAGAUGGGCCAGAAAGAGGCACCUCCCCUAGGCUCUGGGACAUCAAGGUCCAGGUCCCCCCAAUGUUUCAGGAAGACACCAAGAAGUUCCAGGUCCCUCACUCAUCACUGGUCAAGGACUGCCACAAAUGCCACGGGCGUGGGAGAUACAAGUGCGGUGGCUGUCACGGGGCCUGCAUGGUGAGGUGCCCAUCCUGCAGUGGAGCCAAGCGCAAGGCCAAGCAGCCCCGGAGGUGUCAGAUGUGCUCGGGGUCUGGCCGGCGGAGGUGCAGCACGUGCUCAGGGAGCGGAAACAAGACCUGUACCACCUGCAGAGGGGAGAAGAAACUGCUGCACUUCAUCCAGCUGGUUAUCAUGUGGAAGAACAGCCUGUUUGAGUUUGUGUCUGAGCACCGCUUCAACUGCCCCAGGGAGCUCCUUGCUAAAGCCAGGGGAGAGAACCUCUUCAAGGAUGAAAACUCGGUGGUGUACCCCAUUGUCGACUUCCCCCUGCGGGAGAUCUGUCUGGCCUCACAGAGGGGCAUCGCGGAGCACAGCGCUGCCCUGGCCUCCCGUGCCCGUGUCCUGCAGCAGCGCCAGACCAUCGAGCUGAUCCCCCUCACGGAAGUUCAUUACUGGUACCGAGGACAGAGCUACGUCUACUAUAUCUAUGGCACCGACCACCAGGUGCACGCGGUGGACUACCCUGAGCGGUACUGCUUUGGCUGCACCAUCAUCUGACACAAUGCAGCUGUCUGCAGAGCUCACCAUGCGCAUCCGCUGACGGUCUCUGAGUUCCGCCAUCGCUGGCCACCCUGGACAAUCCCAUGCAAACCCAGCACAGCCUUCCAGAAAAUCAGCUUCUCGUCAACUAUGCCACCUCUCUCGGUACAGGGCGCUGUGGAACCAUCUUGCAUAUCUUGACUUGUGGGGUUUGAACAGCACACAGUGCCUUGGGACAAGUGGGAGAACUUGUCUAAAUGUCAGGACCCUGCCUCUGGUCUCCAAGCCAGUGCCCCCAUUGAGCAGGGGGUUUGAUUAAAACACUUCCCCUUCCCUUGGUCACUCUGCAUUCUGGUCUGCUUUUGCUAGUGGGAGUUUCUUGCCUCGCUGAGUAUUACCAUAAUGUUUAAAGACACACACACACACACACACACACGCACGCACGCACACACACACUGGACUCCCCUAAGGCACAAAGUGUAGAAUUUUACUGCCCACUCUGUGUCAGGAAUUCACAGCAGGGAUGGUUUAAUCUCUGCUACAUCACGUCUGGGGUCUCGCCUGGAACAGCUGAAGCUUGGAGUGAGUGGUGCAAGAGUGGAGCUGGAG